AGAGAGACCAGGAGUGGAUCAAACAAAGGCUUGUGAGACAUACACCCAUGUCGUUUAUCGUACUCGCCUGCAGAAAGCUUAUGAUGUCGACCACAUUUCGGCGCCGUGUUUUCUACCAACGCAUCCUCAGACAUGAACUACUGAAUGCGUCGAAUGCCAGUGACUCCCAAAUCGUCUUACUGUAUAUCACCAUGCCUAGACCAACAUGUCCACAGGAGCGGCAGGCGACCUGGACCCUUGUUGUGCAUUGGAGCUGGUCGACACUGAGACGGAGCUAAAAGGAAGGAGUGAAUAUUGGACUUACAUUCAUCAGGGAGUGUGUAAACAGCAGCAGCGAGACAGGGAUGAUAAUGUGGCCGGCAUCUUCAUGUAGAAAAAGUUCGACGUCUGGGAGACUGCCCAUCAGCUUCGACUGCGUAAACGACCAUAGCCUUCAUUUCGUUCUCUCAAAUUGCAUUUCGAGGAUUUCGAGGACCUGAAGGAACAAAAUGUACCUGAAGGUCUCCUUCCCAUGGCCAGAAUACCAUGGGCGGUGUCCAUGCUGCUGCUGCUGGUUCUCUACUCCCCCGGGGUGUCCUUGGCCCCGGCCCAGCACUUGUGUGGCUCCCACCUGGUGGACGCCCUCUACUUCGUGUGCGGGGAGCGGGGCUUUUUCUACCGCCCAAACCGGCCAUACAAGCGGGAUCUGGAACAUCUGCUCGGGUUCCUGACUAAAAGAGCUAGACAGGAGCAGCGUCUGUGGAGGGUCCUGUCUGACCACGAUGAGCCCAAGGUGAAGAGAGGCAUCGUGGAGCAGUGCUGCCAUAAGCCGUGCAGCAUUUACCACCUGGAGGGCUACUGCGACUGACACGUCACUCCACGACCAGCACCACUCAUAGCUUGUAAAAAAAAAGUCCAUUUCUGGCCCAAUGCUUGCAGGCUAUGUCUUAUCAACCGAAGGA